AUGGACGCACCAGAAGCAGAUGUCGAUAUCAAGCUCCAGAAGAUCUCAGCGGAUCUUCUAGGGGACUUUGACCGCUCUCUGCCAAAUUUCCUCUGGAAGCCGGAUGGCCACGGCGGCACAAGAGUGCGCUCGCGGGUGCGCGCAAAGGAGAUAUUCCGACUUACCAAUACUCUCCUAGACCCAUUCCAAGAACUUCCUCAGCUGUUGGAUCCCUACCUUACCAAGUGGAUUCCCCUCCUUGCUGAGGCGUUUCUCAAGCACCUCCAAACUCGCCAUCGUGGAAAAACACUCUCAUCACGCUCUAAGCUCUUGGUCUCGGUUGAGUUUGCCAUAUGCAAAAUCAUAUACACAUUUUGCAAGAUCCGUGGCGAAAAGAUCAUUGUGCGUUUUCUCAAUGUUGAAGCCAAGUAUCUAGAGUUGCUCCUCUCUGCCAUUGAAGAGUCUGAGCAAGCUUCCGUUGAUGACGUUGCUCUCGGAAAAUGGUCGUGGGAGGAACGAUAUGUCGUUCUUUUGUGGCUUUCGCAUCUCUUGCUGGCUCCCUUUGACCUCUCCACCAUAUCUUCCGUCGACUUGCAAGAUGUUACAGUGCCAGAGAUCCCAGGCCUGGUCUGGCCUGAGAACCUCCCUGCCAUUACCGUACGUGUGAUUCCUCUUGCUAUCAAGUACCUUGGUACUCCCGGAAAGGAAAGGGACGCUGCAAAGGCUCUGUUGGUGAGAAUGUCUAUUCGUCGCGAUAUGCAGCAGCUUGGCGUCCUCGAAAGCCUCAUAAACUGGUCCCUUGCUUCUCUACGCCCAAAGAAGGACCAGACGCUACAAAAAACAUACUUCUAUCUAGGAGUCCUAUCGUUCCUAGCCGGUGUGUUGCGAGCGUCGUCGGAUACAUCUGACAUGAAUCCUUAUCUUUCAACCAUCUUCUAUGCUAUCCACGAAAUAUCCACUGGCGAAAAUGCGCUCUCUAAAGCGAUUAUCUCGUUAGCAUUGGCAAGGAAAAUGAUUCUGAAGGUCAUUCGAUCUGUGGUUGUUUUGCGCCUCCGCCAGACACCACAAGAUAUGACCAGCACUGAGCUUACGGAGACAGCUAUUGGGUAUUUGCUUGAAUCUGUAUCUGACAACGAUACACCAGUACGGCUUGCAGCAAGCAAGUCUUUGAGUAUCAUCACUUUGAAGUUAGAUCCCGAUAUGGCUUCUCAGGUUGUCGAGGCUGUUCUUGAAUCACUGAAUCGAAAUGUCCUCUGGACAAAACCCGCUGGGGGCAAACCAGUCCGAGACUUGUCUGCUGUGAAUAACCUCGAAUGGCAUGGGCUCAUGCUCACAUUAUCACACUUACUCUAUCGAAGAUCACCGCCUACCGAACAAUUAUCCGAUAUUAUCCAUGCUCUGCUGCUUGGCCUGUCAUUCGAGCAGCGAAGUGUGUCUGGAGGUAGUGUUGGAACCAAUGUGCGAGAUGCUGCUUGUUUUGGUAUUUGGGCCCUCGCCCGCCGAUACGCAAGCUCUGAGCUCCUAGCGAUUCCAACACACUCCGUCUUUGCAGCCAAAGCUCAUCCGGCAACAAGUUCGAUCCUCCAAGUCCUUGCAACAGAACUCGUUGUGACUGCUUCUCUAGACCCUGCGGGAAACAUUAGACGCGGUGCAUCGGCUGCCUUGCAAGAACUUGUUGGACGACAUCCGGAUACUGUUGAGCAGGGUAUUUGGGUGGUGCAAACUGUCGAUUACCACGCUGUUGCACGACGUUCCAGAGCAAUCGAGGAGGUUGCGGUAAACGCGACUCGUCUUGCAAGCCAGUAUGGCGAGGCCAUCAUUGAUACCCUCCUAGGCUGGAGAGGUAUCGGCGACCUUGACGCUGCUUCAAGACGUGUAUCUGGUGCCGCUUUUGGAGUCCUCACCUAUGAGUUAUCGGACAUCAAGUCCGGGGACUCUCUUGCCCGGUUCAAAGUCAUUAUUCAACUGCUGACUGAUCGCCUCAAAACGCUUCAACCUCGUCAGGUUGAGGAGAGACACGGUCUGUUGCUAUGUUUUGCCUCUGUACUCGACAAAUUCCCAGCCUUGUUCAUCCCAAGCGCAGAAAAGAAUAACCUGGAGCUGAUUGAUGAAAUACUAUCAACGGUCUCAGGUGCGUUGGAGAACUUGCAGUCAACUGCUUAUCGAAAACCGGAAUUGCUCGCAGAAGCCGCAAGCCGCCUAGUCGUUUCAGCGUUGCCUAUUUUGCAAAUUUCAAUUCUGGGCGCGGAUUCACAGCAAGCCCUUUGUCCAGGCCAAGAGCUCCUUCAUCCGGGGAAUGUGUCAGGCUAUUUGAGUCUCGUAUCUGCACUCGAUUCGUGCGAUAAGGACCGAAGUGCGACGGUAGCACGACUGAUCUCGGCAUUACGCACCAUUAUCCCAACCUGGCUGAACCGCAGCGAGCAAGAAACAAUUGAGCCAACUGCUGCUGCAUCCCUGAUUCUUCUCAUUCUUUCUAAGCCAGAUGAUAGAGAGACACUCCUGAGAGGAUGGGCCGAAACUGUCCAACACCGCCCAACAAGCAGAACCUCAGUACAUGGGAUUGGUUACUUUUCUGCGCUUACAGUCGCGCAGCCUCUGGUAAGCUCGUCUGGGGAUGUGGCCUGCCAGGCGAUCCUAGAGCGUUGGACAUGGGAUAGCGAAGUUGAGACUCGUGUCGCCAUCUUGCAGAGCUUGGCUCAAAGCAAUGUUCUGCAUAGCAAGCCUCUGGCUUUUCUACAGUUGAUCGCUGAGGGUUUGGACGAUUAUACUACGAAUGCCCGAGGAGAUGUUGGAUCGCACGUCCGUGUGCACGCUCUGAGAGCCGUGAAGACCUUGUGGAGUAAGCUUGAUGAUUCAAUUGUGCAAGGCGAAUGGGAGGAGGCUUCCGUGCAGGCUCUAUUCUUCAGUGUCCUUCGUCUUGCUGCAGAGAAACUCGACCGUGUACGGCCUGAAGCUCAGGCCGCAGUUGCAUUGGUUCUAGAAAACGGCCACGCGAAGCACUUCCGCGAACUCACUUUCUCUUCCAGGGCCUACUUUGAGAGUCUCCUUGAGCUUCAGGCGGGCGCUCGUCUUCGCCCAUUGCUUGGUGAUGUGGCUAAAGGAGACACAGAGAAAUGGAUGACAGAACUCAUGUCUGGGUUUGUGGGAUCUGCAGAUACGGGCAAUGAGGACCUUGUCAUUGCUAGUCGAGCAGCGCUCUGCGACUUCUGCGAGGCCAACCACGAGAACCUAGACCUUAUCUGUCAUGCGAUGUUACAGAAUCUCAAGUCCCGACAGGGCCAGGAUAGGGUGAUCGUGCCAACCCUAGAGAUCAUUGCAUUCCUUUUCCAGAUGCAGCUCUUCCAGAAGAGCAGCGUCAACCUUCGUAGCUUGUGCAUGCAGACACAAAAGGCGAGUUACAAAACAGGCAACGUCCGAAAGCUCGAAGCGUGCACCAAAGUCUAUUGCGGUAUUGCGUCAAUGGCUGGCCAGGAAGGCGCUGAGACAGGUGUCCAAGAAGCUAGGAAACGCUUGGGUGCUCUGUUGCAUCAUCCCUGGCCCAAGGUCAGGAGCAUGGUUGUUGAUGGCCUAUGGGGGGUGCUUGAAGAGGAGGAAGAAAUCGCACAGAAGUUGAAGGGUGUUGACUGGGGCCAAGCCGGGAAAGUGCAGAUCAAAGCUGCAGUUGAAGAACUGAGGUUGGGCUAG